UUUGGAUCCUCGGAAUCUAGAAUUCUCUGCAAUCUUGGUUCUUGGAACUAUAAAUUCUUCGAGGCUACAAAUCCAAUGGAUCAAGAUAAAACGAGAUUUCCCUCUCGAGUGGAAAUCGACCGAAACAAGUCCCUGUAACAGAAUUCUUGGUGGAAUCUGUUAAAGUAUCGCGCAGUUAUAAACAAGAAGAGAUUCACGCCGUGCGAAUGCAUCUCAACUUGUGUGGAAUGAGAAAGUGAAACUGCAUUUACGUGCUUCGAAGAGUCAUCUUCACAUAAGGGUAAUGAAAAAUCGCAAGAUUCUUUCUUUUUCGGAGCCGAGAUUAAUCUCUGUAAGAGACGUCUUCGAAUCUCUCGGCGGAGGAGCGGAAAUUCUCGGGAAGCGGUCAAGAUGAAGAAGAAAGAGAGAAAAGAAUUCUAAAAGAAGAAAAUAAGAGAUUUAAAUUUGUAACGAAUAACGUUAUUUAUUUGUUCAUAUGAAGCAAAGUCACGAUGAUGAACAAAAUAUGUGCCCCGAGUCAGUAGUGAAAGCAGAGAGAAUUCCAAGAGCGGUCACGUCCCCGAUUUAGGCAAAUUUUAGCUCGAGCGUCGAGAUAUUGUAGAAAUCUGUAUUACCGAUAUUUCUUAGCACAUUCGGGAAUCAAAAUUGUAAUCUAUUAUCCUCCGAAAAGUUGCUUGGCUAGAUAGUUCGAAGUUUACGUUCGCAAACAUGAGAGGCGCUUAUCUCGAAUAAGUGCUCGACUCUGCUGUACAAAAGCACAGAGGCACCGGAGAGUAUAUCACCAAAAUGAUAGUGUUAACAAAUAUAUGUAGGUUAUCGAGAUAUCACAAGUCAGUGCUUUUGGCUGGCAAAAAUUUGUGUAAAAAUGGAAAUAUGUCCUACGUUAAGUUUAGUAACGCGAGAAGAGAAAGUCACACGAACGCCGGUACGGAAGUCAUCACGCUGUCUGAUGGCAAGCAGCUCAGUCUGUCUACAGGAAAGUAUGCACGUUUCGCUGAUGGUAGCGCAAUCGCGUCUUUGGGCGACACUUCUGUCAUGGUCACAGCGGUUUGCAAGCAUCAGUCGUCUAGCUCCUCGUUCCUUCCACUUGUCGUGGAUUAUAGACAGAAGGCAGCGGCUGCUGGUCGCAUACCGACAAAUUUCUUACGGAGAGAACUCGGGCCGACUGAAAAUGAAAUUCUCACGAGCAGAGUCAUUGAUCGGUCAAUACGGCCAUUAUUUCCAGAGGGAUUUUACUUCGACACACAGAUAAUGUGUAAUAUGUUAGCCGUCGACGGUAUAAACGAUCCUGACGUGAUUGCCAUUAAUGGCGCCUCCGCGGCUCUUAGCGUUUCCGAUAUUCCGUGGAAUGGUCCUGUAGGUGCGGUCAGAAUCGGGAUGAUCAACAACGGAUUUAUAAUUAAUCCUACAAGACGUCAAAUUCAAGAUAGUAUAUUAAAUAUGAUUAUCACUGCAACUAAACAUAAUUUGAUCGUCAUGUUAGAGGGUUCGGCCAAUGAGAUUUUGGAGCCGGAUCUGAAAAAGGCGAUAAAGCUCGGCAUAAAAGAAUGUCAGAAUAUUGUAAACGCGAUAGCAAAUUUGCAGAAGGUACAUGGCAAAACGAAAAGAAAGAUUGAAACUAACAAACAAUCACAAGACAAUGAUCUGAUCAGUUCUGUGAAGGAACUUUCAGAGACAAAAUUGCGAGAUAUAUUUUCAGAUCACACCCAUGAUAAGAUCUCUAGGGACAAUGCGAUUAAUGAUCUUAGAAAUAAUGUUAUUGAAACAUUGAAGAAUGAUAAUGCAAAUUUGGAUGUUAAAUCGGCGGAAGGAAUUUUUGGAAACAUUACCAAAGAUAUUUUCAGGACAUUGAUCUUAGAGACAGAUGUCAGAUGUGACGGUCGUCCAAUGAAUGGUAUACGCGACAUAUCGUGUCAAGUAGAUCUUUUUAAUCCUCUUCAUGGCUCGGCUGUGUUUCAACGGGGACAGACCCAGGUCAUGUGUACUGUGACUCUGGACUCUCUGGAAAGUGCGCUUAAGCUGGAUGCCAUGUCAAUGUUAAUUAGUGGCGUGAAGGAAAAAAAUUUCUUUCUUCAUUACGAAUUUCCGCCCUAUGCAACUAAUGAAACAGGACAUGUAGGUCGGAUAGGCCGUCGGGAAAUGGGACAUGGUGCUUUAGCAGAGAAAGCUUUGCGGCCGAUUCUUCCAAAGGACUAUCCGUUCACCAUAAGACUAACUAGCGAGGUUUUGGAAUCAAAUGGUUCUUCUUCAAUGGCUACCGUUUGUGGCGGAAGUUUAGCACUGCUCGAUGCAAGCGUACCUAUAUCUUCGUCAGCAGCAGGUGUGGCCAUCGGUCUUGUGACUAAAUAUAAUGAAACUAACACGGAUAUUGACAAGUAUAAGAUAUUGACCGAUAUAUUGGGAAUCGAAGAUUAUUUGGGGGAUAUGGAUUUCAAAAUGGCAGGCACCAAGCGAGGAUUUACCGCAUUGCAGGCCGAUGUAAAGAUACCAGGAGUUCCACUAAGAAUCAUAAUGGAAUGCAUACAGCAAGCGAGCACUGCUAAAUGGGAAAUCCUUAAAAUCAUGAACGAAGUGAUACGAACACCGCAACAAAAGAAAAAGAAUAAGAUGCCAGUGGUGGAUAGUUUAGAGGUUCCUAUUCAUCAAAGAGGAAAGUUUGUCGGUAUCGGUGGGAUGAAUUUAAAGAAGAUAUUUUUGGAAACCGGAGUACAUAUAUUUCCACAAGACGAAAACACAUAUUCUAUAUUUGCGCCAAACGAAGAUGCCAUGACCGAAGCUAAGGAAAUGAUAGAAAAUAUUCUGCAGAAGGAUCGCGAGCCGACUUUAGAAUUUGGUGCCAUUUAUACCGCGAGGAUAGUGGAAAUACGAGAUAUUGGAGUUAUGGUGACGCUAUAUUCUAACAUGUUGCCAGCAUUAUUGCCCAAUUCCCAAUUAGAUCAACGCAAGAUUCAUCACGCUAGUGCUCUGGGACUCGAAGUUGGCCAGGAGAUACAAGUCAAGUACUUUGGACGAGACCCAGUGUCCGGACAAAUUAGGAUAUCGCGGAAAGUGCUGCAAGAACCGAUCUCGAUCUCGAGAACUCUACUUCGGGAUAAAGAUCGAGAAAGGGCGUGAAGCUCUUAAAUUAUUAUGUUUUAAAUUGAAACACAUACAUUGUAAACUGUUUGUAUUGCGAGAAGAUGAUGCUAUAUAUUUUCCUGUUUAAAACUGAAUAUUUUUUUGCAGAUUCCAACUGUACAUAUCUGUUGAAUAUAACAUUUUUGUAUGACGUAUUAUUAAGAAUAGAAACAUAAAAAUACCGCGAUGUAAAAUAUAA